AUGGGUGAUGCGCUCGGGAGAUCAUUUUUUUCAGAUCCAACAUCACGAUAUGGAAUUUUUUUUUUUAUCCCCCCCCCACUGAAAAAAAAAAUAGGUACGGACAAAUACAUAAUAACGCCCGCAGAGCACUCGCUAAACAGCCAGUACAAUGUGAAGAAGCUGUGGAUCAUCGUCAAGGACUUACCUGACAAGUCAUACGCAUUACACGAAAAUGACAUCAUAAAAUUAGGAAGAUUCAGAUUGAAAGUGAGACAAUUUAUCGAUUCCGUGGAUACAUUAAACUCGUUAAAGUUAGACGACUGCCCAUCGAAGAAAUGCGAAUCAAUUUUAGACUCCUCAAAUAUCCAAUGUAGAAUUUGUUUGAUAGAAGGGAACCAAGAAAAUGACCCUCUCAUCUGCCCAUGUGAUUGCAAAGGGUCCAUAAAGUAUGCUCACCUCAUGUGCUUAAGAAAAUGGAUAAACGGGAGAUUAAACCUCAACGAUCAAUUAUUUUCCGGUUCAGUUUUUAUCAAAGAUAUAUGUUGCGAACUGUGUAAAACGAAGUAUCCAAAAAGUAUCAAACAAAAUGAUGAACUCGUACAGUUAGUCAAGAUUCCCAAUUUGAAGACGCCAUUAAUUGUGUUGGACAAUAUCAUAGGACAGACAAGCAAAGGGGUGCAUCUAAUAAGUUUCGCAGAUAAAAAACAUCUCAAGUUAGGAAGGGGACAUGAAUCAGAUGUAAGAAUCCCAGACGUUUCCAUUUCAAGAUAUCAUGCUACUAUUAAAUAUGAAAAGGGAUUAUUCAAAUUGGAAGAUCAUAACUCGAAAUUUGGGACCCUAGUUGCAUUGAGGAAAGCAAGAGAAAUUUGUCCCAAAGAUACCAUGUCACUCCAAGUAGGUCGAAGCGUUGUCAAUUUUCGAGUGGAUGAAGAAAUUCCCUUCACAAGUGGAACGAUCGAUAUUAUUGAAAAUAAGGAAGUAAUAGAAGCUAACGAAUUACCUCCAGCAAAUGAGAAAAAUAAUGUCGAAUCCCCACAAAUGACUAACCCCAAUUUGGAGAACACCAACGGAAAUAAUUUUGAGACGAACCACUAUGUAGACCUCACCAACUCUACCAAUUCCAUGCAGAAUUCGUAUUCCUCCUACCGAGUGGACAAUUUGAUGUCCCUACUGAAUUAUCAAAAUGAGUAUAGAAUUUUCGGCAUCAGAAAUUGCUACAAUUUGAAUGACAACGGGAAUGGGAAUCAGCAAAAUGGGACUCAGAUGGAUUGCGGAGAGGGGGGGAAUAACAUCAAUAUGGAAGGGAGCAAUCUUCAGGGGGGCGAAAUCAAUAACAAUGACGGGAUGAUUGGUGAGCAGAUGGGCAUGCAGAAUGGCAUACAAAAUGGCAUGCAGAUGGGCGUACAAAUGGACUUGCAGAUGGACCUUCACAUGGGCCUCCAAAUUGGAUCCGAUAUGAGGGCACAAAAUAACCACUCGGGCAACCCCAGCAAUGACGAGGAGAGGGCCUGCAACCUAGUCCAUAGGGUCCAGUGCCAGGGGGACAACAACGACGCGAGUCAUGACGGUCACAACGAAGCUAAUAAUAACAACAAUGAUGAGGACAAUGACGAAGACAACAACGGUGACAACAGUAACGAUGAAGAGGGUGAUGACUUGCGCGUGCAUGAUGAGGAGGACGACGAUGAUGAUGAAAACGGAAGCGACACCAACAACACUGGAAGCAGCGGAGGGAACAGUGGUGGCACCAGCGGAGCAGGAUCAACCGGUGGAAACAGCAACGGAAAUGAAGGAAGCCGAAAUGAACAUGAAAAAAAAAACAGUAACCAGAGUAACAGCCAUAGCAGCAAUGACAACAAUGAUUGCACCCAAGACCAAAGUAGUACCUACCAUGGGAGUAGCACUAACCCAAUCGGAACUAGCACCCCCACGUGCAAGACGAAAAUUUGCAGUAGUAGCAGUUAUGAUCACAUUGUACACAAUGACAAAAGUGUGAGCAACAUCUGUGGCGACCAAAGCAGAUCCAACGAAAAUGAAGUCGGCACGUAUUGCGUGAAUAUGGCUGUGCAAAGAGCCUACACAAACAGGUCUGAGAAUUUGUACAACAAUUGCAAAGGUGAUGUAUCAGUGGUGAUAAGUAAGUACGACAACGGAAGUUUCAUCCCUAGUGCCGGCAACAAUAAUGGCAGUCAGGAGAGCGGCAGCUACCCGAUCGGAAACAACAUCGGGGAAUAUACAAAGGUAAGUAUCGAAGAUAACUACUUCUUUCGCAACGAGUCGAAGACCCCCCAACAGGUGCAGUACUACAUAGACAGCGGAAUUGUUAAUGAUAUGCUUACAUCAAACUCCAGCACAAGUUUGAAAAAAAUUCAAGACCCAGUAAUGAAAAGCGGCUACCAUAAUCAGGACCUUCAUGAUUGCUCUUUUGUCCAGUCGGUCUACCACAUCAACGGUAAGAACGAUCACAAUGUUAUCAAUGUUAUGUAUAGCGGUUCCAACCAGAGAAUAAAUCAUAAUGGCAUAUAUGUAAGCGAAGCUCAUUUAAGAAGUGAAAAAUUUCUUCAAAGUUUGUCCCUCCAAAGUCAUGACAAAGCAGCAGCUAGUACUGGUAGCAGCAAUAGCAGCAGUAAUAGUGGUAUCCACCCUUCCCCUAAUUUUUUAGACGAAAUAAGUGAAUCAAAUAAUGGUUCCAAUUAUAAUUCCCGUAUGACCGUUUUUCCUACCUCUAUCAACUCGAACAAUUGUUCUAUAAAUUCUGAAAAUGCCAUGUUGCCUCCAUUUGUUGAGAACACUUCUUCUUUUGUUCAUGACCUGGGUGACAAUCAGCUGAGUGGUGUUGCGACUGGUGAUGAAUUAAACAACAGUGGGUGUUACCCCACUAAUGGUAGUUCUUCCGGAGUACAGGACGAGGGAGUCAUCCUAGGAAGACAACCCCAAAUGCAGAGAGGCAGCAACGAUCCACCCACCACAUCGGAAGGAAAAGAAACUGUCCAGAAGAACAAAAUGAAAAAAGGAAAUCUACAGAAGAAAAAUGUUAUCCUAGAUACCCUAGACAGAAAAAAUCCACGUAAGAAGAAGUUCAAAAGGUCCGUAAAUAGCACCCACGUGGAGACCCCACCACAGCAGCAUAUGGAGUACAGCAACGAGAAUACCCAUUUCAUGGGCCCAUGUAAUCAUGGAAGUGUACAUGUAAGGAACGUCAAGGUGGAAGGUACUUUUUAUGAUCAACAAUGCAGUGUGUCGAAAUAUGCGAAAAGUGAUUUUUUGAAAAGUAACACAUCAGCACCCGGUAUUUCGGGAUAUAGCAUCUCUGGGAAACUGUCACUAAGCUCAACUUUUGACUCCGCUUCUCCCACCAGGGGGGGGCACAAUUACUACUACAGGAAGAAACCUUACCAUGACGGGUCCAUUUAUAACGAAAAAUUUUACUACCAGAGCUCGGAGGAUUACAAAUUUGGCAAUGUCAAGGAAAGUUACAACAAGAUGAGCAAUCUGAGCAAUUCCACGAACGAUCGAAGAAGCAGCGGGACGAGUUUCACUCACACGAGAAGUAACGACGGAAGCGGCGGCAACUACGGUAUCGGAGGCAAGUUGCACCUGAAGCAAUACGCCCAUUCCCUGGACUACUACAACGGCAAUUACAAACUAUACAACGUUAUGAACUUUAACGAAAAAUUUAGUGUCCAUAGGAACACCUCGUUUAACCACUUCAGCACAAUAAACUCCGUAAGUAAUAAAUUUACCUACCAUACCCAGGGGUGGCUCAUGCGAAGCAGAAAUGUUCAGGCGGAUUUUCUUCUAAAUAACUACGGCUUGGGUGCAGCUACAGCCCACUUUGACAUGCCUAUAGCGUUGUACAAUAACUGUGUAGGUGGUUCGGACGUUUUCGUUGUGAAUCCCGAGAACGGAGCUAGCACCGGCAAUAGUGGAAGUAACUCUACUGGCAUCACCAACCAGCAGAAUAACAUCCAUAACGAGGAUAACGGCAAAACACGAAAUAACUCCAUUGUUGAAGCUAACCAGAACUAUCAGCAAUACAUUAAUGAGUCCCAAAAGGGGAUAAAUGGAGAAAAAGGCCCAACUGAUGAUCGUAGCAUCAACAUUGAAACACAGUUGCGUUAUGAUAAUAAUAACAUCGCGGGGGAUUAUAACUUCCAUUUGGCAAGGGCCUACAGGGGGGAUGUUCUUCGAGGCGGCCGGGGAAAAGAAGCCAUCUACGACGGGUCCAGCUACGGAUCGGGCGACCUCAUUCAGACAACCCAAGUGAACCAGCUGAAUGGAUACACACAAAACAACAACUUUUUAGGCCAUAGCGGGAGCCCCCUUUCUAUGACAAACAAGGAUUUAUUUUCGAAGGAAAAAAAAUACUUCGGCAAUGGAGGAAAUAUUCACUGUAACAGGAGCGGCAAUAAUAGCGCGGACGAUCCGCCUGCCUAUACACAACCGAGACACUCGUAUUACCAUACUCAGCUGCAUAAGAAGAUCAACCCCAGCGUUAAAAAAAAUGACGAAAAGAGGACUAGUAAAAUGAACAAAAAUCAGAAUGACAGAUCCAGCGAUAGUAACAUCAGGAAGGUGAAAAAUGGAAGAAGGCUGAGGAACAAAAAUGACAAAAGUGGUUACCACUGCGAAGGGUUUCAAACUAUGCCAAACACAAACAGUGUAGGAUCGAAGAUUGCCCUUGAAAGUAGCAGAAGAUGUGACCAGAAAGGGGCAACCCAUUACAAUAAUAGUGUUUACAACGAGGAUACCAUUUCGAUUGAUAACACCUCGAAUGAUCAUAUGGGAUCUCUCGACAUUCCCAUGAAUAGCAAUCAUGUUACUAAGGCAAACAUUACCAAAUCGCAGACAGCAGAAUUUGCCAACUUACACCCAGCCGCUUUCAUACCAAAUGACGGCAUGUACUUUCAUAUGUACAAUCCCAGUGGCAUUUCGGGCCACCCCAAUGUACCCCUAAGCAUUAUCAGUAAUGAGAAAAAAUCGGAAAAACGUGGAAAGCUAGGAUGA